UCCUGUUAUAAUAUCUUAUAUAUACCAACAUUUGCAGGAGAGCAUGGAAUAUGAAUACAAAUAUGAAGUUGAAGAAAGUUACUUCAAAGAAAGCAGCAAAGAUAAAACAAAAGUGUCAUGCCUUGUUAGAGUGUCAUGUGAAGCAGCUGGAAAGUAUGGAGAUAAUGAUGCCAUGCUUUAUAAUAUAUCUGUCUCGGACAUACAAGUUUCAAACUCUGCUACUGACAGUGAUGAGGAGACCAAUACAGACGUAGCUGACAUGGAAGAAGAAGACGAAAAUGAAGACACAACUUCCCUCGUGUUUAAUGACAUAAAAGACACGUGGUUUAAGUUCUUGCAAACUGAUGAUGGAUCGAUACCAGCUGUUUUUCACCCAAAUUCAGUUGCUAGGGAGGCUCUCAACUUUAAGAAAUCCAUUACCUCUGCCUUCCAGGCAAAUUUCAAGGGAACCAGCUCAAAAGUGGAGGCAGACACACAAUCUCUUCACAAAUCUCUAUACACGUAUGAAGCCAGUGCUCAACAAAAAGCCGAAGGUACGGUGAUAAUUCAUCGAACGGUUGAGUCGGACGACGUGGAGGACUAUUCUACACACAUCAUACCUGAGAUGUUGGUAUGUCACUAACGAAGGAAUGACGUCCAAACAUCCGCGGGCCGAUUUGACUUAUGCUAGAGGGGUCUCCAAAGUAAAGAUGCUGCCACAGAAAGAGGACAAGAAUGGUGAUGUUGAGGGGGACUCACUAGAGGCAGAAAUGGAUGCCCGCAAGAAACGAGAUGUUGACAUGUCCGAGUUCUUUAACUUUGUCUCAAAGGCUCAGCCGCAACAGUCGGACGAUGAAGAUCAUAAUGCCCUGCCAAUCAGUGACUCUAAUGAUGACACUGGUGAAGAUAUUAACUAUAUUUAUGGUGAUCAAGACGAGGACUAUCUAAACGAAAAUGAGGAGGGUAAAGUAAUGGGAGACACACAACAAGACGAUGAUGAGCAGCCAUCAUAUGACCCUGAGAGUGACCUACCAGAUUUCGAUGCCCAAGGAACUUACAGUCUGGAGCUGGUGGGUCAGAGACAGUUGCUGAGUCGCCAGAGGAGAGGAGCAGUGAACCAUCUGCAACUUCCUGAGGCUACACAAAGCACUCUCUUGGCCCACGUGGAUCACGCUCGUGAAAAUAUAGAUCGUAUGAUUGAGUUACAUGAGGAGCUGAAAGACAUCAGUCACACACUGGAUGAGAUUCACAGGGAUCCUAAUGGUACAUCUACCAUGGUGCAUAAGGUUAUAGAACUCAUUUCACUGGAAGGGAGAUAUGGCAGUCCUCCUGGAUACUCCCCCAUCAUUAAAACUGUCCUCACCUACCUCGAUAAGUUGGUUGGUUCCAUGGAGGAGCAGGAUUGUCAGAUGAGGUCACUCAUCUACCUUAUGCUCAGUAGAGAUGGAGGCCAAGAGUCUCAGAAGGCUUUGGUAGCAGCUCUGGACAUGGCUAUUAAUGAAGAUGAGGAGAGAGCAAUUGUGGUGUACAUUGCCUUCACAGAGAGCCCGCAGCCUGGGAUGGUGUCAGAGCUGGAGGAGAGGAUUGGAGACAACGUCCACUCAACUGAGCCUCUUCUGCUGGCCUACGGAGCUCUAGUGGCCAGAGCAUCUCCAGCUCUCCAGCAGAGAAUGACUCUGUUCCUUCUCAAUAGACUGCCUGUUGCCAAGGCCAACACUACCUCUCUCAUGCAUCACAUCUUCUCGCUGGGAAACACAGAGUCUCAAUUGUCUACCGACUCCCUCGUCAACUACCUCAGUCAUCCUGAUGAACUUAUUCAGUUUAGCGCGAUCCAUGCUCUGAGGUACGCCACUGGUGAGUGUCUAGUCCAGAAAGCUUUUAAGUUGGUAGUCAGCCAGAGCAAUGUUUCAGAGGACCACGUCUUUGCUGUUCUUCACUGCUUGCUCUCAGGCAUUGAGCAUGCCUCUAGCAAACACACGCAACCACCUUUCAACCUCGAGCUUGCCGUGUCACUGGUAUCAUCAGUGAUGGCUUCAGAAAACGGUGAACUUCAACAGUUGCUUGCGAGCUACCUUCAACUAGUUGGUAAUGAAGACUCUCGCCAUCUCUUAACCCUAAUGACUGCUCCACUGAGCAAGGAAGGCUACUCCAACAGUACAAGGAUGAAGAGAGGCAGCAACUGGGCCGAGAGCAACAGCGUCUAUGACCUAAUAGCAUCGCUCAAUACCCGGCAAACCGAUAAGAAAACCUACCCACUCCACAAAGCUUACAUCUGGGGCAAGAAAUUUGGCACCUCCAAGGCCAAUUUACAAGUAGCAGCAGGUGGUUUUAUUGGUGCUGCAAAUGGUGGGCAGUAUAAAGUCUUCGGACGGGCCAAAGCUGUCGGUGAAAUAUUUCAGAGAAAAAAGACUCUGCUUGAUUUUCUAGUGCUCCGCGAGAAAGGCACCACAUCCACUCGCACAAGACUAUUUGCACAGAUUGCUGGAAAAACACUCGCAAACAUUGACAUCCGCUCCCCGAGUACAGUCUGCAAAAGAUACAGCAAGGAGUACUUUGCAUACAACAAAUACUUGGUUUUUGACUUUUCAUACCCGAUAAAAAUCCUGGUAGCCACGAUCAAGGUCGGUAUCACGGGCUAUGUUAGGCUCGGCAGCAAUAUGUAUGUCGAAUUUUGCGAGAAAGUAGGGAGUUUGACAGCUGAGGCGGGACUGGAAUCUACCAUCUCCUUGGAAAUCCAGGGUGGAUUCACAGGUAGUUUGCUGAAUGUUGCGCGUGGUGGGGUGACCGUGAACGCAGUGCUCAACUACAAGCUGAUUCCGGCACUAUCGACAGAAUUGUGCCUCACUAGCAGUAUCAGGGUCAAGAACUGCAUUGGGAUCUACCACCAGUGGGCCAACAACAAAAUACUCUUGGACGUCUGGUACCAGAGGAAGAAGUGCAAGAGCAGGUUUGGAGUUUUUCCUCUCUGUAGGACUGUAUGGGCAGAAAAGCAGAAAGUUGAGGCACUGUCUGCCUCUUGGAACCUGCCAUCUACAGCCAAGACACCACUAUGGAGAAAGUGUGACAGUAGUUUUGUCUGCAGGUCAUCCACGGCAGUUGCAUCAGCUGUGAGUGGACCACCAGGAAUGAAGGCUGGUUCCUCUCGCCUGCUGAGGCUGAACGGACCAGCCCCCAUCCCCAACUGAACCCGUUGCACGAGUGGAAGAAACUGUAACUAUGAACUGCGAACAACAAUAGUUUUCUAGACAAUUGGUAGCUAUACCCUUUACUGGCAUUUUCGAUUUAGGCAGAGGUUUCGUGUGCAAAUGUAAAAUAUAAUUAGAACAA